AUGAGUCAUAGUAAUGAGGAAGUUGUAUACACAGUUAACUUGCAUGGUCAUCAUUUAAUACCAACAAAAGAAGAGAUAGAAACAAAUAAACUACAAGAUGCAUUAGCCAUUCCUUGGGAUGACGACAAUUUUUCAUUAUGUCUUGAUACCUUUCCUACUUCUCGUUUCGCAAAAACAAAAUAUAACAGAUUCCCUACUGUUUCUUCCCCACUUAGAAAACACUGGCAUCAUUCUAAUUUAUCUGAAGAAGAAGAAGAAGAAGAAAAAGUGAAUGGUACUGUUUUAUACGAUGUUUUGUUACCAGGGGUAAAUGAAGAAAGGAAUGAAUUCUUCACUCUCCAUAAUAAUUCUACUACAUCGACUCCCGGCAUGAGUUUAAAUACGAGAAAAAAGAAGAAUGAAAACCCAUUCCCCUCUAGUAAGCACCAUCCUGUGAAAGAGGUUGUUAUUGGCGGAAGAUUUCCUUACAAUAAUAAUGGUAAUUUUUUACCAGACAAUUCUGUAGUAGUAGUAGCAGCAGCAACAGCAACAGCAACAGCAACAGCAGCCAAAGAAACUGAAGGUCUUGCACCAGCAAAUAAGAGUCAUGGCAAUCAAAAGAGAAAGCCAUCACCUAUUAUUACUCGCACACAAAAGACGCAUCAAGUAGAACAUCUUUCUCCACUCUCGGAUUCUUCUAUAUUUCUUCAAAAUGAGAAUGAUGUCUUUAAUAAACCACAGACUCCCUUAUCCUAUUCUUCUUCUCUAUUAUCAUUAUCCAGUAGAGGUUCUUUACCUUCAUUAAUCAAAAGUCCAUUAAAACCUGUCACACCCAACUCACUCUCAAGUUAUUCUAUAAAGCAUGGUAGCAGUAGUGCUAGUAUAGUAUCCAAUAACAGUGCUACUACUGAGGCCUGGAAAGUGACUCACCCUACAAGACACCAUUCUCCACAUGCAUCUUUAAAUUCUCUAAACAAAAGCCUACCAUCUCAACCUUUUAGACCUCAAUAUCCAGCUUUAAAAAAUACGAACCAUUAUCUUCCUCAACAGCCCACGACUAGGCCUGUAUAUGAAAAUUCUUGUUAUCGCAGCAUGUCUUCUUCUGACAUUAUUGGUCAUGACUACUUCUCUCCAGAAUACAGCAAUCAUAGCAGUUAUCAUACACCGAAUGGUUCCAUGUCAACAAGUAAGACACCAUCUAUGUUAAGCUCUCAAUCUUAUCAUAGUGUUCAUAUUUCCAAAAAUGCCGAUAAUCUUGUAUUAUAUGAAUCUUCUCUUCAAAUAGAUUCCAAUAUAUCGGAUCCAGUUAGACCUUAUUCACAUUUAUUCAAACCUUCUACUCAUCGACAAAAUAGUAAACAAUAUAAUCAACACUACAGGAAGAAAAAGCAAGCCAGUUUAUUUACAAGACUUAUGAAGAAUAUCAAGCAUCACUUUAUUAAAACAGAAUCCUAA